AUGGCGGCGGCAGUCGCGGCUGCGACGACGGCGGAAGACGAGGCCCGUCUGCUGCGCCUGGAGGAGCAGGCGGAGCACGGCGGCGGCGGCGCCUGGGAGUACCUCUGCCUCGCCCGCCGGCUCCGCGCCCGCCGCCCCGCCCACGUCCUCCGCGUUGGCCUCGCCCUCCUCAACAACGCCUCCGCGCGCUCCGGCCUCGCCUCAGAACAGUGGACGCUCUACGAGCAGGUGGCCAUGGCGGCAAUGGAUUGCCAGCGUCUCGAUGUGGCGAAGGACUGUAUCGGAGUCCUUUCAAAGCAAUUUCCUGGCAGCACCCGGGUUGCCCGGCUAGAAGCUCUUCUGUUUGAAGCGAAAGGUGAAUGGAGUGAAGCUGAAAGAGCCUAUGCGCUAAUCCUGGAAAACAAUCCAUUUGACCAGAUUGUCCACAAGAGGAAAAUUGCUAUUGCAAAAGCACAAGGUGAUAUGUCGAUAGUGGUUGAUUAUCUCAAUAAGUAUCUGGAAUUAUUUAUGGCAGAUCAUGAUGCCUGGAGAGAACUUGCUGAAACAUACGUUUCCUUACAAAUGUACAAGCAAGCUGCCUUUUGUUAUGAGGAGCUAAUAUUAGCCCAACCAACUAUUCCACUCUAUCAUAUAGCCUAUGCUGAGGUUCUGUACACUAUGGGUGGCUUGGAAAAUCUUCAGACAGCUAAGAAGUACUAUGCAUCAACAAUCCAGUUGACUGGAGGCAAGAAUACAAGAGCCCUCUUUGGUGUAUGUCUGUGUACUUCGGCAAUCAAUCAGUUAACCAAAGGAAGGAACAGGGAGGAAGAGGGAUCGGAGCUGCAGAGCUUGGCUGCAGAAGUUCUGUUGAAGAAUUACAAACAACAGGCUCCAUCAAAGGUGCCCCUUAUCAGCAGCAUGUUGAAGAACAUGAAACUCAGCUAA